AUGGGGGGCGCAAUUUCUUCACGGCGGGUACUUUCCGCCUGGGUAGCUUUGUUUCCUCUAGGAGAGGUAAUUUGGAGCGGGCAGAAGCUGUUUGCGGAGAGCAUCCUGAGGAUACUUCCGGCGAACGACUCCAUAGACGGCAUAUUGGUACACCUGCCAUAUAAGUUUAUAAAGCAUAGGGUUCAAAGCAGAGGAAUAUACUUGAACACCAAUUUUGAUGACCUCGAUUCGGUGAUCAUUUUGGUUGAAAUGCAGAAGAAGAUUACCAACUUACAUUGCAAUUUGAGGAAAGAAAAGGGGGAAUUUAUCAAGGGGGGUGUAAUACAGGGGAAAAAUACCCACGGGAAACACAGUCACGGGAAAAGCAGCCACACGAAAAACAGCCACGGGGAGGAUGUCCUAAUUACGAACAAUUGUGUCCUCUUUGUUCAAAUAAAAUAUAAAGACAGCUUAAAGAACAUUUUCAAAUUCAUGGAUUAUGUGUACCAGCAUACAAGUGCCACUGCGUUGGUUUUCAUUUGUGACAACUUUUUAUAUGACAACGAGAUAUACAAUCCGCAUGAGGAUCUGAACACAACGAUUUUGCAUUCUAGUGUGCUGACCUACUUGGUGCCCUACGACUCCAUGAUAGCUUAUCAGGAGAAGGAUCAAUAUGACCAGUACAUGUUUGAGUUAUAUUGGGGGAUCCAAAACAAGAGUGAUGUUGUGCAUAUAAAUUAUCAUUUAGACUUUGGGAAAUAUUUUAACUACACUUUUUUUCAUUACAUGAAAAACUUCCUACUCGAUUUGAAAGAAUAUAUAACAUACGAGAUUCAUUUUAGUAUACACAAAAAUUUCACCAUCGACCCCCGCUAUUGCUUUAUUCGUGACUCAUCCUACUGCAUAAGCAAACCUGAUUACAUGAACUCCAAUGUUGUUCGGGAGGUGGUGGAGCAGCAAGUGCGCAGCUUGUGCGUGUACCAGUUGACCGCCACGCGGGGAGACCACGACAAGCAGGAGGUACAACCGCACCGCGCGGAAGACACCACAGGGGAGCAGCUUCCAACGUACACACACAACAAACGGUUCAGCGAAAAAUUCAUCCAGUAUAUAAAUGCCCUGUUCGACUUUGGGUUUGAAAAAAAUCUCUGCUCCAGUGGUUCGAACGAUUUAUCAAAAAAAUGUUCAGACAAAAUUUUAGCCCACUUGGGGGUACCCGUGCAGGAGGUGAACAAAUGCUUUUUAAAAAAUUUUCAUGCCUACAUGAAGGACAUGAUAAAAACCAAGUUUUAUGUUUACUCGAUACAAAUAAAUGGGCAGACGUACAAGCUGAAGCUAAACAAGGACAUUAGCAUACGCCUGAUUUGUUCUGCCUUCCGCGUCAUGCCCAAGCGUUGCAUGGACUACUUUGCGGGCGGCGUUUACGGCACCUCCCUCGUGCGCAAGAAGAGCAAGAAGAAGGAGCUGGUGGCCUUCUACAUCCUGCUGCUCCUGGUGUUGUCGCACAUCUUGGGGACGCUCCUGAACUACCUAGUAUCUUGCCACCUCGACGCGAUCGAGAGGAAGGACUAG